UCGCUCAGAUGUUUGGCCUUGAAGGCGAAUUGGAAGAUCCGUUGAGAUCAGGCUGGCAGCUUGUAUUUGUGGACCGUGAAAACGAUGUCCUUCUUCUCGGGGACGACCCCUGGCAGGAGUUCGUAAACAGCGUAUGGUGCAUCAAGAUCCUGUCGCCACAAGAGGUGCAGGAAAUGGGGAAACAAGGACUGGAGCUUCUAAACUCAAUCCCCCUACAAAGGUUGCCUGUCCAAAACGGCGGCUGUGAUAGUUAUGGAAGCCGGCAGGAGGGUAGGAACAUGAGCACCGGUAUACCGUCUGUCGGAAGUCUUGAUUUCUGAAUUCUGAGCCAGUUGUAUUAAUAGUUGCAAUCUGUCUGUAAUAUUAGCUUUAUCUGAAUCUGGUAGCCAUGAGAUUUUCUAUUUCUAACUUGAAAAGAUUUUAUAAUAGAAGCUAUAAUACUGUAAGUAUCUCAUAGUCCA